GAAAGAGGCACUGAAGAUUAUGUAGACCGAGAUGACCUAUGGAUACGGGCACGUAUGGGGAAGGAUGGAAAAUAUGCAAAUGAAGAAACUGAACAUGUAGCGGAAAAAAUUAAUGACUUAAAGAAGAAGGCAAUAGAAGGAGAAAUUCGGCCUUCAUCUUCGGUGGAUAUCCUCACACAAGGUUUGGGAAAAGAGGAGUAUGGAGGUAGGCUUAGGGGUCGAGGAAAAGGAUACACGGUGACUAACUUUUUCCAUACUCCUAAGCCGAAUUCACAAAAAAAGACCAAGUCGGAGGGAAGUGGAAACAAUGCAGUCUAUGAGAUGCUGCUCAAAGGUCUGGUGGCGAUCGUUAGAAAUUCAAGCAGCAGCAGCACUGCCCAAGUUGAUGUGCUCAUAUGGGCAUGUGGUAUUGACAUUCCGUCACUCACUCAUCCAGCCGAUACUGUUGCUGCUCCUGGGACCCAAGUCGAUGAUGUUGCUGGUCAAGGGACCCCCCCAGUCGAUGACAUUGAUGCUGUUGGGACCCAAGUCGAUGAUGUUGCUGCUCAUGGGACCCCCCCAGCUGAUGAUGUUGAUGCUCCUGGGACCCAAGUCGAUGAUGUUGCUGCUCAUAGGACCCAAUCUACAUCUUGGAUUGAUGCUCCUCGGAUCUAUCUUGAGGGUGUAAAAUGCAAUCUUGCACAAGGCAAUGUUGGCCAUAUAGUAGCACGUGGCACUUUGGUUCCUUCGCUGCCAACGGAUAUGUGCCAUGGUGUGAAGCUAGGUGCAGCAAAUUAUAAGGUCACUGUUGAUGACGUUAUUGAUGGAUUUGCACCUUUGCCUAUUCCAUCAUUUGACAUCAUACGUGUCGGUGAUGCUGAAGGUGCAUUUAUUGCAUGGCCAAGAGAUCUUGUUAUCUUGCCAUCUGAGGAGGGAAGCUCGAACAGGUUAAAUGUUGAGAAUGAUCAAGAUGAUAAUGUUGAUCCCUUAGUCGUUACCCCAACGAUCCGAGAGUUGCUACGUUGGAUCAAGGACGUCGAUAGCGAUCAUUUAUGGUUUUUUAAUAUGAAAAAAGAGAUCUUUGGGGAAGAACAACAGUUGGGCAUAGCAAGGAGUGAUAUAAACAAUUUUUGUUACAUGCAAGAAUUAUCUUCCGAAUGCAUCUUGUUCUACAUAAGGCAUUUAUGUGAGGGAUUGACGGGCUCCUUCGAAGGGAAUUAUUGCUUUGUUCAUCUGGAUAUUAUUGCUUCGGUUGGUCAUCCAAACCCUCAUGAACGGAUGAUAAAUAUAUUGAGUAGAUGACAAGAUGCAAGAAAUAAUCAACUUUGGUUCUUUCCUUAUUGUGCAAGGAAUCAUUGGAUGCUAUGUGUUGUUGAUUUAUACAAAGCAGUAGCAUGGUUUUUUGAUUCUUUGAAGACUCAUAAGAAUAUAAUUGAUAAGGAUCUAAAAACUUUGACGAUUCCUUCGUUGCAUGGAACAAAGGAAAGACAUCUGAAAAGAAACUUCGGUGGCAAAAUACUAAG